AUUUUCAUUUCCACACCUUAGCAACCCGCAAUCGGGUUGGGUUUAUCCAGCGGUUAUCUACCAACCCGCUUACAUUAUUAACCCAGGAAAGCUCGGCUACAGCCAAACCCUUCAACCCAGCCAGCCCAGUGAGCCCACUGCCCAAGUGCCCACACGGCACGCCCCGCUCAGCGCCUCAGCCCCUCUCCGAGCCCCUAUUCAGUUCGAGCCCUAGCUGCCUGCUGCCCUAUUCGAUUCUUCAUUCGAGCGUGACGACUAACGAGCGUCUCUGUUCAGAGAGCCAGCACGAGAGGAGAGAGUGAAAGACGGAGACCCUUUGGCCCUGGCCUUCGUGAGUUCGUCGUCAACCCUUCAGGCUUCGAACCAGCAGGAGCUUUUGCUACAGAAUACCCUUCAAUCCAGAGAGAAACAAACCCUAGAGAGAGAAAGCGAUGGGGAAGGUGAAGGGGAAGCACAGGUUGGACAAUUACUACCACCUCGCCAAAGAGCACGGAUACAGAUCCCGAGCGGCAUGGAAGCUUAUUCAGCUCGACUCCAAGUUUAGCUUCCUCAGCACCGCCCGUUCUGCGCUCGACCUCUGCACCGCCCCCGGCGGCUGGAUGCAGGUCGCCGUCCAGCGCAUGCCCGUUGCCAGCUUCAUCGUUGGCGUCGACCUUGUCCCCAUCCGCCCUAUUCGCGGUGCCAUCUCCUUCGUGGCUGACAUCACCAACUCCAAGUGCCGCUCCACCAUCAAGAAGCUCAUGGACGAAAAUGGCUGCCGCGCCUUCGACCUUGUCUUGCACGAUGGCUCGCCUAAUGUGGGCGGCGCGUGGGCUCAGGAGGCCACCGUCCAGAACGCGCUUGUCAUUGAUUCUGUGAAGCUCGCCACUGAGUUCUUGGCACGGAAAGGAACAUUUGUUACCAAGGUAUUCAGGUCACAAGAUUACAAUUCUGUUCGCUAUUGCCUUAACCAGUUAUUUGAAAAGGUUGAGGUUGUUAAACCAUCAGCUAGUCGUAAGGAAUCUGCGGAGAUUUAUGUUUUAGGACUUAAGUACAAGGCCCCAGCAAAGAUUGAUUCACGUCUUCUUGAUGUGAAGCAUCUAUUUCAGGGUGGUGACAAAACCAGAAAGGUGGUGGAUAUACAGAGACCAACAAAGCAGAAGAGACACCGUGAUGGGUAUGAAGAUGGAGACACAACUUUGAGAAAAGUAUGUUCAGCUGCAGAUUUUGUUUGGUCUGAGACUCCUCUAGAGCUCCUCCAUUCAGUUACUUCUAUAACCUUUGAGGAUCCAGCUUGUUUGCCUAUAAAGGAUCAUGAUUUGACAACAGAAGAGAUCAAAAUUCUUUGUGACGAUCUAGGUGUUUUGGGAAAUCAAGACUUCAAACAUCUUUUUAAGUGGCGGACAAAUAUAAGAAAGGCUCUGUGUCCAGCACAAAAGGCUAAUUCUUCUGCCACAAAGGUUGAAAAUGAGAAUGAGGUCGACGAGGAUGAGAGAAUGUUGAAUGAAAUGGAGGAGUUGACAUAUGCUAUGGAGCGCAAGAAGAAACGAGAAAAGAAGCUUCUUGCUAAAAGACGAGCCAAGGACAAGGCAAGAAAGGCGACAGGGAUGCAAGUAGAUGCUCUGGAUGAUGGUUAUAUUGACCUUGAGUUGUUUUCUCUUUCUUCUAUCAAGGGCAAGAAAGAUCUAGUAGCUUUUGAUUCCACAGAACAUGAUGAGGAUGGUGAAUUUGAGAACAGUGGAAGUGAAGAAGUCUGUGAGGAAACUGAAGAACAUUCACCCAGUGACAUGGACUCUGAUGAAGAGUGCAAGAGAUAUAAUGAUCAGCUGGAAGAGAUUCUUGAUAAGGCUUAUGAACAUUAUAUGGCUAAAAAGAAUGGCAGUACAAAGCAGCGAAAGCGUGCAAAGGAAAGCUAUUCUGAAGAUGGGCAACUUUUGGAGGGUGGUGAUGAUGAUGACAUUAUUAAUUCUGAUCACAAUUCAGACAAUGGUCAGAGUGAUCAUGAAGCAAAUCCUCUCAUGGUGCCACUUGCUGAGGAAGUACCAACUCGAGAUGAGAUUACAGCUAAGUGGUUUAGUCAAGAUAUCUUUGCCAAAGUGGCAGAAGUGGAUUUAGGGAAGAAUGAGAGAGAAGAUGAAAUGGGGCUGGAUAAAAAGGAGGAAAAGCAGCCCUCAAAUGCAAAGAAAGUGAAGGAGAAAACUGCAAAGCAUUCUGCAGAGUUAAAUUUAGCUCAAGCUCAACCUUCUAUGCCAGAUGAUGACUUUGAAAUUGUCCCUGCUCCAGCAACAGACUCAAGCGAUGACUCAUCCUCAGAUGAAUCAGAGGAUGAAGAUGUUGACACAAAAGCUGAAAUAUUGGCUUGCGCAAAGAAGAUGCUAAGGAAGAAACAAAGGGAGCAGAUUCUUGAUGAUGCCUAUAACAAGUACAUGUUUGAUGACGAGGGCUUGCCUCGAUGGUUCAUGGAAGAGGAAAAGAGGCACCGGCAGCCAAUUAAGCCCGUUACAAAAGAAGAGAUCGCUGCAAUGAGGGCAGAGUUUAAAGAAAUUGAUGCACGACCUGCUAAGAAGGUGGCAGAGGCCAAAGCCCGAAAGAAGCGGGAUGCCAUGAGAAAGCUCGAGAAGGUUCGGAAGAAGGCAAACAAUAUAUCAGACCAAGCAGACAUUUCUGAUCGUUCAAAGGGAAAGUUAAUCGAAAAAUUAUACAAGAAGGCGGCACCCAAAAGGCCUAAAAAGGAAUAUGUGGUUGCGAAGAAAGGGGUACAAGUCAAAGCAGGAAAAGGGAAAGUUCUUGUUGAUCGGCGGAUGAAGAAGGACGCAAGGUCUCAAGGAUCAGGAAAGCAAGGAAAAGGUGGUUUGAAGAAGGGAAAGAAUGCCAAGGCACAGAAAGGUAAGGGGUCGAAUAAAGGGAAGAAGGCAAACAAAGGAAAGAAAAUGGGCAUGCGUGACUGAGCCACUGAAGUUUUGGUCUUCUAAGGUUUUAUUGCCUUUGGGCUUAAAAUUUUGAGGUAAUUUGUCCAAGUUGUCUGCUGGUGGCUGCGUUUACUGUGGUAGCAAUUUAACCUUGUCCUUCUGAGUGUCAUUCUAGUUGUCAUUUGGGUUGUUUGAAUUGAUCUCUGGGUAUAUUAGUAUAUUUAUGUUAAAAAGUCUAAAUAAUAUUUCAAAUCAUUACAUCACAAAUUAAA